AUGGCUCAAAAUGACACUGAAGCUAUUGUAGACAGCUUUUUUAGUCGAGGAGGACAUACUAAUAAUUGGGCAGUUUUGGUGUGCACUUCCCGAUUUUGGUUUAAUUAUCGUCAUAUUGCGAAUACAUUAUCAAUAUAUCGUACGGUAAAGCGGUUAGGUAUUCCGGACUCUAAUAUUAUUUUAAUGCUUGCCGAUGAUGUAGCAUGUAAUCCGCGAAACGCAUUUCCCGCUACAGUAUUCAAUAACGCCGGAAGGUAUUUGGAUUUGUAUGGAGAUAACGUAGAAGUGGAUUAUAGGGGCUAUGAGGUGACUGUGGAAAAUUUUAUUCGUGUCUUAACGGGCCGUGUCGCUCCAGAUACACCUCGAUCUAAACGUUUACUAUCUGAUGAUCGGUCAAAUAUUUUAGUAUAUAUGACCGGUCAUGGCGGCAAUGAAUUCUUGAAAUUUCAAGAUGCCGAAGAAAUUAGUAGUUUUGAUCUGGCAGAUGCAUUCGAACAAAUGUGGGAAAAGAGAAGGUAUCAUGAAGUUUUAUUUAUGAUCGAUACAUGUCAGGCGAAUACAAUGUAUAGUCAGAUAUAUUCUCCUAAUAUAUUAGCUACCGGUAGUAGUAAUCUUGGAGAAAAUUCUUAUUCGCAUCAUAUGGACACAGACAUUGGUGUUGCAGUAAUUGAUCGAUUUACUUAUUAUAAUUUAGAAUUCUUGGAAAAAGUAGAUAUGCAAAGCAAGGCGACUUUGCAAGAUUUGUUUAAAUCAUAUAAUCCAACUUUAAUACAUUCGACUCCCGGAGUUCGGAGUGAUCUGUUUCGCAGACCGUUAGACAAGGUUCUCGUAACAGAUUUUUUUGGAAGCGUUCAGAAUGUAGAACUUACGGGACAACAAUAUAACAUAUCAGAUUUGGAUGUUGAUAAUAACACCAACAUAUUAAGCAAAUCAAGUCUCAACAAGGAAUUUCCGUGUGUACUCGAGAGAUCAGAUUCUAAAAAUUUUCACCUUUUUAAUGUCAAUUCGAAACAGUCACCAUCUUCGCUACCACAAUUUUUAAUUGCAAGUGCCAUAUUUGGAAUUUUGAUGAGAUUGGUUUCUAAAAUAAUAUGA